AUGCAUUUACCUGAUAUGAGCGAAGAAGAAAUCAGAAUGCAGACCCAGGUGAUCUUAAAUGAGGUGACAGAUGACACUAACAAGUCUGCUGCGCUGCAGGCAAUCCUGCAGCGCAUCCUUGAUAACAAUGAAAUCGCGCUCGUCGACAAGCACACUCAGGCCAAGAAGUCUGUGAACCCCGGUCCAUUGGGUCUUAUUGGCUUCGGUAUGACAACCAUCCUGCUCAAUGUACACAACGCAGGUAUAUAUGGGCUUGGCUCUGUGGUUCCAGCCAUGGGUCUUGCGUUGGGAGGUGGCCUUCAACUGCUCGUUGGCCUCUUGGAGUACUUCAGGGGCAAAUCGUUUCCUGCCGUGGCUUUCAUGAGCUACGGUGCCUUCUGGCUCUCCCUCGUGGCUGUGUGGAUGUUGCCCCAGGAGAAUCACCUCCACAUUCAGCCUUCUGAAAAGACAUUCCUUGGACUGUACCUGUUUUUGUGGGGCCUCUACACUGCAUGCAUGGCGACGGUUACUUUCUUCACGUCGCAUCGCCUGAUGCAGUUUCUCUUCAGCUCUCUGACGCUCUUGUUUUUACUCCUCGCCCUUGGUGACUUCACCGAAAACAGUACAAUUACGAAAAUCGCUGGCUACGAGGGUAUUGUGUGCGGCACAUCUGCGAUCUACAUCGCAUUUUCGGAGAUCCUCGAGGACAACAUUGGGCACUCGAUUCUGCCGCUGUUCCCUGUGCGUCGUGAUUAG